CAGUGUCAGUGUGGAAGAGGCAGCUCUAGUCUCGAUCGUACAACGUUCGCUUUAAACGGUUUGGCCAGGACUCGCUGUGUUCUCGCUGUGCUAGACACUUGACGUUUAAAGUCUUUUCGAACAAAAUAAGAUAUUUCGACGUAAAGAGCUAUGCUUUGAACUCUACUAGAAGCACUAUGAAGAGCUAUAAAAUAAUGUGGACAGCCCAGAUGUUCCGUGAAGUUGUGUUCGCGCCACUCACACCCGCCUAUAGAGCCUGAGAGCGUGCGUUCUUGUGUCAUGGGCUUCAUUUAUUAUGUGGAUUCAUGCAAAGUUAUCUGGAAUGAACUAGACAUGUGGAUCAUGUAGCAGUCCCUUGAAAGAGGAAUCACGCGUCUGCUGUCUUCGGCACCUGGAAUACCUGCGUGACAGGUUACCUAUGUUCACAUAGGACGUUUUUUAAUUGUUAUUUUUUUUAAUUUCGUUAUUGUUGCUUUUUCGCUUCUAAGAUGGAGAACGGAAAAUAUGCUUUAUGUAAUCGUGUGUGAAACUCACAGACGCCUGGUAGAUCGCCUGAAAGGGGAAUGAGAUUUCAGUCCUAAUUCACAGGAUCCUCUGGAUUUUUCGCAAAGAAUUGGAAUGAAAUCUGGCUAAUUUUGCGCAGACGAUCCAGUUUUGCUUAUUUAUUGUUACUGGCUAUUACGUUGACAGCUGCAACCGUCGAACGGCUUGUUUAACUGAAUACUCGAGAUGGCCGCGAUCGCCAGUUCUCUGAUCCGACAAAAACGCCAGGCGCGGGAAUCCAACAGCGAUCGGGUAUCUGCCUCCAAACGCCGCCCCAGUCCCAGCAAAGACCCCGGCUCUCUCUGCGAGCGACAUUUCCUGGGGGUCUUCAGUAAAGUCCGCUUCUGCAGCGGCAAGAAAAGACCUGUUCGCCGGCGACCAGAUGCACCCUCGAAACCUCCACAGGUGUCCCGUAAGGGCGUCAGGCUAGAGCCGCAGCUGAAAGGCAUUGUGACACGUCUGUUCAGCCAGCAGGGUUUUUACCUGCAGAUGCAGCCAGAUGGAACCAUCGAUGGCAUCAAGGAUGAGAACAGCGACUACACUCUUUUCAAUCUCAUCCCCGUUGGCUUAAGGGUGGUGGCCAUUCAGGGAGUCAAAGCAGGUUUCUACAUCGGCAUGAAUGCAGAGGGAUUCCUCUACAGCUCAGAGAUGUUCACGCCUGAAUGUAAAUUCAAGGAGUCCGUUUUUGAAAACUACUACGUUAUCUACUCAUCCACCAUGUACCGCCAACAGGAGUCGGGUAGAGCCUGGUUCCUGGGCCUCACCAAAGAGGGUCAGGUCAUGAAAGGCAACCGUGUGAAGAAAACCAAACCCUCUUCACACUUUGUACCAAGACCAAUUGAAGUUUGCAUGUACAGAGAGCCUUCACUCCAUGAGAUUGAAGAAAAGCAACGCUCCAGGAAAAGCUCAGGAACCCCAACAAUGAAUGGAGGCAAAGUGGUCAAUCAGGACUCUACAUAGCAGGGCUCAAAUAAAGGAGGCUACAAAAAGAGUGACCCCUUCCCCUUGCUCUCGCACCUCCAAACACAGGAAUAGUACAACACGCUACAAUAAGAUAACAAACUGAACUCUUGCCUGAGAAAAUGUUUAGAAGAACACGGGGGGAGAGAAAUAUAUGUUACCGUUCCAAUCAGGAGCUGAACUCACAUUUUAUGCAAAAAAGUUAAAUGGACAGUCAUUUAAUUUUUAAAAAUAUUAAUAUUAUUUGGGGUUCAUGUUGUGAAAAAUGAGCUUUAAAACAUUGUUUUUUUAUUUUCAUGUGAAUGCUCUAGCACCUAUUUAUGCUUUUACUGUCAAAUUGGCAAUGUUUCUCUUUUUUGCUCAAUGUCAUUAUUUCUGUUUGUGAAUAUUAUGCAGAUUUGAUCAAGUGUUUUGGCUUAUUUUAUUAAAUUAAUUUAUUGUAUUGUAUUACCUGAGAGCUAAAGGUAAAUGCACUUUGUGAAUACGGGAGGGUGAAUCUAGAAUGUAUGCUCAGAUAUUGUAGAAGUUUUUUGGAUCAUUUUUGGAGCAUUUCACUGCUUAUUCAUUUUGGUAUGAGGUAAUAUCCACCUUAACACUUCAAAAUUCUUGCUGCCUUGAUGCACAUAUGUCCAGCACAAGUACACUGUAUGUGUGUAUGCUCAACACCUCCAAAGUGCAUCUUGGUUUAAGUUUGAGUGGGACACAAUGAACAGCUAACUUUUGGAUAACAAGUAGAUUCCCUGUCAAUUAUCCACAAAUUCCCUUGCACUCAAGCAAACCUAAAAAAUCUAAAAAAAAACAACUCAGGAUUCCUUAGUCCUGAAAGUGUGAUGCUGACGCCAACCCUGUCCAGUCAAAAGCACAAAGAAGGCCAGUUGUUUUGCCCCUGUACAGAGUUUGCAGGAAGUUGGCCUGGACAGAGUGGGUGAAUUGUGAAAAAGGUGGAGUCUGACAUACACAAGUCUUCCAAUAAAAAUGGCAUGAGAGCUGUGCCCAAGUAUGCAGCAAUGAGGUGCAACAAAACAAAGAGACUUUAAAUGCAUAAGUCAUCAGAAAGUAUGUUUGUAGUUAACUGAGGAAUGAGGAAUUAAUAAUAUGUAUAAAGAGUGUAAAACAGGCACACAAUGCAAAGACUGUCCAGAUGAACUGGGUUACCAGAAAAGAAAACUCUGUAAAAACAAAACUCUUUAUUUUUCAUGUUUGCAAAUGUUUUCACCUUAAAGAAAUCAAUCAUAUAUGCAUUAUGAAUAAUGAGAUAUUUAAAUAUGCAUUGAUAUUAUAAACAGGAUGAAAUUAGGAUUAAGAAUAAAAGUAUGAUAAUUAAAGCUUUAAUCCCUGUGUGAAUAGCUUAUUUUAAAAAAGAUUCCAUUGAGCAUUUUUAGUAUUUACAUACAGUAACUGCAUUCAGUGCUGGCACGGGCAGCAUUUAAAAUGCAUUUACACAGAAAUCAAAAUGGCAAAAAUAGUAAAUUAUUAUUAUAGAAAAUAUUUUAAGCAUUGGAGUACUAAUGACACUCCCCACUGCAUUACCACAACAUUAACUUCAAAAUCUGACUGUCAGCUUCAGGAUGUCAAAUUAAUACAAAACUAGAUAAAACUAACAUGGUCUUUCUUGGGUGUCACUGUAGUGGCAAAAAUUAUUCUUAGGUAACAUUAAUUAAUUAAUAACUAAAUUAUAGUUCUUUCUACAAUUAAAUGAAAAUUAACAUUAUAUACAUGCACAGAAUAUGUUUAUAUUGUUGGAUAUAAAUUAAUUAUUAAGAUUAAUUAUUAUUGCCAUGAACCACACCUCUGUGGCUCUCCCUCCCCUGAGUACUAACCAUUCCUGAGCUGCAAUUCCCAUCAUAUCCCACACCUAGGUCUGAUUACCUGCCCAGAUUUAUUUCAUUAUACCCCUUAUAUAAACUGUGCUCAGACACAAACUCAGUGUGAAGUCUUAUCCUUGCCCUGGCUGAUAAUCUGAGCAUUUCUCAUUACUAUUGAUUCCCUAUGUUUGAUCUUGGACUGUUCUCUCUACUUCUGAUUGAUUGCUGCCCGCCCCUUGACUCUAUUGCCUGGACUCCUCGACUCUGAUUGUUUUCUGCCUGCCUCAACUCAUGUCUGGUAUUGUUCACUAUUCUUUGUUUAUCUCUGAUAUUGCUGACACUGAUGUUGACUUCCUGCCUGUUAGACCAUUCUUAAUAAAGAGCUGCAAAUGGA